CUCGCCUUCCUCCUGGCCAUCGCCUACCUGGUGGUUAAAGAGUUGCAUGCUGAGAAUUUGAAAACUGAAGAUGUAGAUACUGGGCUGUUAGGUAACUUCAACAAUAGAUUUCUUAUGGUUUUGCUGCCUCUGCCUGCCACAGGCUUUCUCCUCUGCAGUGCCCCUCUGCCAUUCCACCCUGCCUUGGAGCCAACCACCCGUGAACUGAAACCUCAGCAAACUAAUUACUCCGUGAAGACAUUGGUGGUUCCUAUUUUGUUUACUGUUCUGUGCCUGUCAUGUGACAUAGUAACAAGCACAUAGACGUUGCUCAGUGUAUGUUUAGUAAGUGAAUAAAUGAAGUUUGGAAACUUGUCAUUAAAAUAAAACUACUGUACUCCUUCUAAAGAUAGUAGGCCAUCGGCCAUGGAGUUGGAUUCUCAGAAGUUAUCUUAGUCACUUUGUUGCUGAAACAGAACCAACACCCACAACUUUUGAAAGAGGAUUUAUUUUGGCUCACUCUUUAAUCUAUCAUAGGCUGACUCCCAGGCAGAAGCCUCAUGAAGCUUUGGGGGACACUUCAGAUCUAAACCAUAACAGAGGUCAUUGUCUUUCUAAUACCCUUUAAUAUCUUAAACUGUACUAUGAGUAGUAGCUGAAAAUCUUCAAAUUAAUUUAUUCUUGGUCAUUACUUCAUUUAUACUUCCUCUUCUUUCGCUUCUCAACCCUUCCUUUGAGUUCACUAUAAUGCCAUACUUUUGACCGGGCGUAUAGCUCAGUGGCAUAAGUGCCUGCCUGGCAAGCGUGAGGUCUUGAGUUCAGUUCCUGGUACAAAAAAACCCAAAAAAUCCCAUGCUUUUGAUUUGAUUUCUGUAGGAAAACACAGGUUCAAAAUGACUACAGGUAGGGUCUGAGAUCCCAACUCACUGGUAAAUUGGGACUGCAGAGCAAAGCUAAAGAAACAGAAGAUGAGGGGCUGAGUUUAGUGGUACACACCUAUAAUCCCAGUUACUUGGGAGCAUCCAGAGUUCCAGGCCAGCCUAGGCAAUUAGGUUUUCCCCUGUCUCAGAAUAGAAAAUACUGGGGAUGUAGCUCAGUGUACAGUACUUGCUUCCAUGCGCAAGGCCCUAGAAUCAGUGCUACAUACAAAAGAAGGAAUUAGAUUAAGUUUAUGAAAACUGAAGAGGAGGUGCUCUAUAGAUGUCCUAUGAUGUAGAAUGAAAGGAAUCUCUUAGCGCUAAAUAGUAAAAGACAGUAACAUGAUUCAUGAAAUGAAACAUGUCAAGAUACCUUAAGAAAGGUUUAAACAUUUUAUCUGUAGUUGCAUUUUAUAAAACUGAAAAUAUUCUUAAAUUGAAUUUCCUUUCCACAUACUACAAUUUAAUUAAAAUAUUCAAUGAUGUGACUUCUAAUUGUGCUUCAAUAGUUUAUACUUCUGUAAGUCAAAGUUAGUUUGUACUAAGCUUAAAUUUGUUAUUGUAAUAUGGGUUACAUAUAAUUCAGAGGACCAGAAAUACCCAUGAUCUUCUGAACAUGAAGACACUAGUUUAAAUUGUUCUAGUGUUAAUACCUUUUCUCUUUCUUUUCUC